CGGGGACUCUCCCGACCGGAAGCACAUGGGGACAACUGGAAAGGUUCGGUUUCGAGGAGAAAUGUUUAUUAAAAUUCUCAAGUGGGUUUAGGUUCUCUGCUCUAGGGAUGAUGUAUGCACUCCGUUCUGCAGAACCUUGAGGGAAGCUAGAAAGACUUUGUAAAACAUGGCCUGGCCUUGGUUUUUACCCCUUCAGCAUUCCCGGCCAUACCUUGCCAUGAGAUUUUGCUCUUCCCUGUGCUCACACCUGGCCCCAUUCAGACGUUUGAGCGCUUUUAUGAGGAGUAGCCCUGUGAGAGCUGUGUCUCCUCGAAAUGUGACUCACCCCAGGAAUUUGCUAUUCUGGAAUCAUGGAUGGACAGGUUUGCCCAGGAUGGUCAGCGAUGGCCAGAGCUGCGACACAGAAGACGGGCAGAUUCCAGCCUCACCCGGCCAGGGCUCAUCAGUUCCCUCACCUGGGAGUGAAACUGACUUGGAAGGAUUUGGAGGGAAGGGCAGAAUCUACUCUUCCAGGAGAUUUUUCCGCAAAAGCUCUCCAGAGCUGCAGGAUUCCAGACACCGUGACACCGAGGAUCAGGAUGAGGAGGAAACUGAACGCCUUGAAGUGAGACGCAAGCCACGGCGAAAGAACACGACGUACUGGUACUUUCUGCAGUGCAAGAAACUCAUCAAGGAAGAUAAGUUAGCUGAGGCGCUGCACAUGUUUGAGACUCAAAUGGUGAAAGAGGAGCGGCUGAUCCCAGAGGAGUAUAAUUACACAGUGCUAAUAGGGGGCUGUGGACGAGUGGGCUACUUGAAAAAAGCCUUUCAGCUCUACAAUGACAUGAAGAAGAGAGCUGUGACUCCUUCUGAAGCCACCUACACUGCUCUGUUCAAUGCUUGUGCAGAAACACCAUGGAAGGAGUCUGGUCUGCAGUUUGCUACAAAGCUCCGGGAAGAGUUAACCAGCAAGAAUAUCCACCUUAACCUGAUUGCAUACCAUGCCAUGUUGAAGGCAUUCGCUGUCUGCUCGGAUCUAAAGGCCUGUUUUGAUGUACUUCGAGAAAUAGUUCAUAGUGGUCAUAAGCUGAACGUGGAAACAUUCAGCACUUUAAUGAUUGGUUGCAUCAAGGACACGGAAAAUGGUUUUAGAUAUUUGCUACAGAUUUGGCGAGAGAUGUUGAAACUGGGCAUGAAGCCCGAUGUCAAGAGCUACAACUUGCUGCUGCGAGCCACGAGGGACUGUGGUCUUGGGGACCCAGUGAUGGCCUCACGAUUGCUGUUGGCCGACGAGGGUGAAGUUUGGCAGCUGAACCAGCAUCAAAGAGUUCGGAGAGUCAAAGGCCGAAAGGAGGCGAGAAGCAGCAAAAACACAAUGACUCCGGUGGUUGGUUUAUUGGAAGAGCAGCUGUUUGGACUGGCUUCUGACCAACCAGCCAGCUCUAGAGUCUCUGAACCAAAGGCUGAGCUCAGUGACGAAACUUUACCAAAACUGAUGGAAACACAAAAUCUACUGUCCAGUGACGGGCAAGAGAAAGAGCUAGUGUCACAAGGAGUGCACUCUGUGGAACUAGUUCCCAGAAACCAAAUACUUCCAAUUGAUUCAGACUCCAGCGAGCUUCCUGAAACUGCGCAUCUACCUAACCUACUCGAUGUUCAGGUCGACAAGAAGAAUAUCGUUUCCUUAGGAGCGGUAACUACACCACCUGACAGACUGGCACUGAUUGGCUAUCUGAGUGGUUUUCUAAAUAAGAUGAAGAAAGAUAGUGUGUCUCCAGACAUUAAAACCUUCACACUUUUGGCUGAAGUGGUGGAACCAAACAGCCAAUCUGAGACCUCCUUGCUAGCCCUCAUGGAAGAGCAAGGUGUGAGGCCAGACAUUUCAUUUUUUAACACCUUCAUUCGAAAAAAGAGCAAGCUGGGUGACCUGGAAGGAGCUAAGGCACUACUGCCAGUACUUGUCAAACAAGGCUUAUCACCAACCCUGCACACCUUCUGUAACCUGGCUAUAGCCUGCAGAAAAGAGAGAGACGGACUGAAGCUUCUCCAUGACAUGAAGAUGUCUGGAUUAACCCCCAAUGUCAACGUGUAUAGCACCUUGAUCAACAAUGCAACAAAGCAGUUGGACUAUACGUAUCUCACAAAGAUCCUACAAGAUAUGGCAAGAAAUCAAGUUCGACCCAACAAAGUUGUCCUUAGGCAACUGGAAUUUGCAGUCAAGUAUCCUCCAAAAUUUGACAAGUACAAGUCAAAAAAUGUCUAUCUGGAAAAAAUUGAUGGCUUUCGUGGAUAUUACUAUCGCUGGUUAAACUUUAUGCCUGCAGCAGAAACACCACAUCCAUGGGAAAAGUACAGGAUUAAGGGCCAUGUCCCAGCAACAGAAUAAACAUAAGUAUCCAGAAUGGUGAAACAGUAUAGAAUUGAAGACUGAUACCUCACUAAACCUUGCAGCAUCAACUUUUCUGUCUUUCAUUUCCACUGAGUUCAUUCACUGUGAUUCGGCCAUUCAUAGUUCUGAAAGUCAAUGGAACUGUACACUCAGUGUCACAAUAGAAAUAUAUAGAGCAAAAUUAAUUCUGUAAAUUUGUUCGAGUUAUUGAAUUUAUUUACUAUGUUUGUGCAGUGGAAUAAAGAGAUCUCACUUCAACAAAUUCUAAAAUGGUGGACUAAGGGCAAUGUGGAUCUCGCAGCUGCUCCUGACAUUCCAGCUUAUUUCUAGAUUUACUUCAAGAUUUGUUGUGGUUAUUACAUUUCAAUGGUAUAAAAUUUUUAUUUUGACU